AUGGCGCUCCCCUUACCGCCAGGACUGACGCCGGCCGAAGUCACAUUCCUAUGCGAAAUGGAACUCGUGACCGUGAUACCACGCCAACGCCUCGAGAGCCUCGACCUGCUAGGAGGUCCCACACCGCCCCUCACCCCACCCCACCGCGCCGACAUCCCCCUCUGGCUCGCCCUCCUCCUCAAACGCCAACGCCGCGCCAACAUCCUCCCCCCGCCCUGGCUGCACCCGGCCUCGCUCGCCGCCAUCCUCGAGUUCGAAACCGAGCACUCCCCCGACGCCUUCUCCCCGCCACCACCCCUCCCUCCAACAACAACAACAACAACAACCACACCCACACCCACCAACCGCCUCCCCACAACGACAACAACAACAACCUCCACCCCCCUCCCCACCUCCCCGCCCUUCCUCCCCACCGCCACCUCCACCUCCCCCCCCACCGCCCUCCCAUACCACUGGCUCGAGCUCGGCGAAAUCCUGCUCGACGCCGCGCCCGACGACUUCCACCACCACCACAGCAGCACCAGCGACGACGGCAGCGGCGGCGGCAGCAGCAGCAGCGGUGGCGCCAACACGGUCCGCCGCCUGAUGCGCGACCUGCGCGAGGUGCGGCUGGCGAAGCUGCGGGCGGGCGUGGACGUGCUGGACGCGGGCGGCGGGGUGCGGAUGAACGGGGUGGGCGGGAUGGAGGUGGCCGAGGGGCGGGGGUUCAUCGGGGGCGUGGUGGACGGCCUGAGGCGGAUCGGGGCGAGCAGGGAGGGGGCGAGGAGGGAGAGGGAGGGGGAGGGGGAGGGGGAGGAGGCGGAGAGGGGAAUAGGAGGAAGGACGGGGAUGGGGAGGACGGGUGGUAGUGGUGGUGGUAGUGCGGGGUAUUAUGACGAUGAUGAUGAUGAGAUGGAUUUGUGA